AAGCCGCACCAGCCCGAAAAUCACCUGUUCUAAAUUGCAGCGGUACCUCCUUCCACGGUUCUAACGAUGGGAGACCGAAACUGCCAACUAGCUCGUUAGCUACCCCGGAAAAAAACUCAAUAAUGAGGCGUUUGAAGGGUACGAGAGAUGACGGACACAGUGAACGGCAUCUUAAUGUCGUGGCGCUUUAUUAUUUUCGCCACAAAGGAGAGCGCCGGCAUUUUUGUGACGCGUUGACAGGACCGUGCGGUGUGUGCUAGCUUAGCCCCGGUUGCUAAGUGACUCGGUGUGAUUUGAUAUGGCAGCUCGAAAGCGAGCUCGCAACCACUCCAACUCGACGCAUUUCCCCAUUUACUCACACGUCAUUACAUUCAACCUUUUCAAAGUAUAUUUGGCGUAUGACUAAAAGUCAUAGCGUCCGGGCAGGCACCAUAUUUUUGUUCACGAAACCAACCGGCCUGGCAUGGAGCCAGGGGAUUUACGGGAGAGCCCCGCCGGUUCCGGCGAGUCUGACGCCGGGGACAGGAGGGAGGUUCGACCCGACGGGGAAGUCGAGGGCAAAGCUGCCCAAAGUGAGCCAGCGGUGGUCGCGGAGAUGUCGCCGAGGGGCAGCUGCCGGGAAGAUGUCGGCGGCGAUAAAGCGACGAAAUUGAGUGAGCAGCUCCACAGCCCCGACGAACUGGACCCCCGAAUACAGGAAGAGUUGGAGCACUUGAAUGAAGCCAGCGCAGAAAUAAACAACCUGGAACUGCAAUUGGAUGACGCUCGAUCGGGAUACCGCAAGAUUCUCACCGAGUCUGCCCGGAAACUGAACGCUCACAGCUCGCAGCUGGGUGGUUGCAUCGAGAAGGCCAGACCCUACUACGAGGCUCGCCGCCUGGCGAAAGAGGCUCAGCAGGAGACCCAGAAGGCCGCGCUGAGUUACGAGCGGGCCGUCUCCAUGCACACGGCGGCCAGGGAGAUGGUCUACGUGGCAGAGCAGGGCCUCAUGGCGGAUGGAAAGAACACCCUGGACCCGACCUGGCAGGAAAUGCUCAACCACGCCACCUCCAAGGUGAACGAGGCCGAGGAGGAGCGUCUCCGCAGCGAGCGCGAGCACAUGCGCGUUACUCACGCAUGUCAGGAGGCCGAGGCUCGUGUUCAGACCCUGCAGAAGUCCCUGAGGAGAGCCAUCAUCAAGUCCAAGCCUUAUUUCGAGCUCAAGGCUCAGUUCAAUCAGAUACUGGAGGAGCACAAGACCAAAGUCGUCCACCUGGAGCAGGACGUUUCCAAAGUGAAGACUCGCUAUUCCAUCGCUCUGAGGAACCUGGAGCAAAUCAGCGAGCAGAUCCACGCUCAAAGGGGCCGCGACACCCCCGUGCACGGCGGACGCAGCCCCCCCAUUGGGGCCGAGUCCGACGCCCAAAAGGAAGGCGAAGCCCGCGGGGGCAGCGGCCUGCCAACCGGCGACCCCGACAAGGAGCGCGAGCGCGCCGGGUCGGACUCCCUGUCUGUUUUCAGCCUGCAGACCAUCGCCUCGGAUCUGGAAAAGUACGACUCGGUUGAGCACUUGGGAGACCUCAGCGAUGCCGGGAGCGCGACCGGCGAGGAGGGCGACCGGGAACAGAACCGGGCGGCGGAGCGGCGGGACAAACUGACCCACGUCAGCGCCCGCCAGCGGCAACAGGAAUUCUCGAAGCAACACCACCGCAGCUUCAGCUUGUAGGACAACUUCUACUCCUAAAUGUAAACCUAAAACAUGGCUGCUGAAGUGUAAAUAAGCACACGGUCCACAGCUCGGGACUUUUAUCUGUAGACUAACAUGGGUGCCCUGCAUCCAGUUUAGAAGACACGACGGGAAACCAGGAGGAACAUCAGCUAGUUAGAAGGCGCGCUAGCACAGUAAGAUGGCUAACUGUCCUGAAUUGCAACGCUAACAGAGUCAUACCUCGCCAUACUAUCAGAUUGCUAACUCAGUCCUGGUGGGUAAACGGGCACAAAUGGAUAACUCACGACUGGCAUGAAUCUGUUAGCGUAAACGCUUACUCCACUCUGAGAGAAGAGUUAGCAAAUCCCAUAGCUUAGCAAAUAGCUGGCAGUGCUAACAGAUUGCUGACUUAGUUCGGAUGGGGAACUUGCAGGAGACUGUUCGCGCGCCAAGCUAGUUUUAGGAACCCUUUUUUGAGAAAACAGAGUGAAAGUCUGUGGUAGCACUCAAAGCUAGCAAGACUGUGUACUAGCCUGCAAUGGUAAGGAGUUGCUAACGUUCACUGGGUAUCCAAGCGGGAAUCUCUUAGCAAUGAUGCUAAUUUGAAAGUUUAACGUCCAACCCGUUUACUCUUUUUCGGGAACAGGUCAAAGUCAUACCAUCGCAGGAUAAAUUGUACACAACUUUGCUUUGCUAUGCUACAUCGCGAGCACAAUUCUCAUAUUCACUUCUGGCGAGAAUCUGUUAGUGUUGCAAGCUUAAAAAAUACACAUACCGUAACUCCUUUGAAGGCAGAAAGGCAGGCAUUGCGAGCUUGUUCUAAUUAUUAAUAUAUGUUGUGGCUCGCAUUCAUUGCUUGUAUUUAUUCCCGACCGGAGUUGUUUAGCGUCUUACUAGCGGUUACGUAAACUCCUUUUGAAAGGAAAGUGCAGGAAUCCGUGAACACCACAAGCUAGUUGCAAUGUUGACGCACUCAAUUAAGGAAAUAGAAAACCUCGCACUGCAGAUAGCCUUGAGGCAUCCUUUACGUGAAAUGGUUGCUUGCGCGCAUGAUCGGGGCGGGGGGGAGGGGGGCAAUAAUGUAUAGUUAUCGAUGUAUCGCAGAGAGACGUUUGUCACGCCACAAUCCCGUUUUCACAUUUGACGCAUUUCCCCCCACGUUCCUCGAUGUUGCCCGCAGACACGUGAGCGCCGAGGGCGUCAAAACGACGCUACAUGACGAUGCUCCUCUUUUUUUUUUUUUUUUCAUCUGAGAAAAAGCCCAAACAAAAAUUUACAUUUUGUUUACAAAACGUAAGACCUUGGCUGGCACUCCCGUCCUUAUCCACUAUACAGGGCUCCCGUAUACGGAGUAUGCGAUUAAAUUGUUUUAACCUAUACAAAAUAAAAAUCCCGAUGUAGUGAUAGAGUGUAGGGAAUGAUUAUGAACAUGAGGCACUCGUUACUUACAAAUGAAUCACAACAGUGGGAUUUUUAGUCAUGUGUACAUAUAUAUAUUAUGAUAUAAAAGUUGCUGUAUAGUGAUUAGAGAAUAGAAUAUAGUGAAUCAUUCGGAACCGCCCUUAAGUUUCUUCAUUCUUUUGCAUUUUCUUUCUUUUAUCAGAACUGCAUGGCCGCAGGACAACAUAACAGUUUGAACUUCCGCCUACCUUAGUUUUAAUUUGAAUUUGAGCGUAGGACAGAACAAAUAUAUACACCCUGGAUGAUGUUUUUUUUUUUUUUUUAAAUCUCUUUUUUACGUUCUGUGACAUUUGCAAGAACACAGAACUUUGAUGUUGGACGCAAUUUCGUAACCUAAAAUGUUUUAAAUGAUAAUAGUGAAUAUGGAUUUUAAUGUCGGAACCUAAGAUUUGGGUACAAAAAUUCUGAAACUCCCGGACCCGGCUUUGUAGCAUUUGCAUGUUCUCCCUGUCCCUGUGUGGGUUUUCUCCGGGCAUUCUGUUUUCCUCCCACAUCCCAAAAACAUGCAACAUUAAUUGGACACUCUAAAUUGCCCGUAGGUGUGAUUGUGAGUGCGGCUGUUUGUCUCCAUGUGCCCUGCGAUUGGCUGGCAACCAGUUCAGGGUGUACUCCGCCUCCUGCCCGUUGACACCUGGGAUAGGCUCCAGCACUCCCGUGACCCUCGUGAGGAUAAGCGGCUAAGAAAAUGGAUGGAUUGUGAAACUUUGAGAACUCCAGUUUUUAAUUUAUUCAGUGGAAAAUUUUGAUGCUAAUUUACAAAUAUUUUUGCACUCAUCCAUGUCUUAAAUGUACUCAAGAAUUCUAUAACUCCAAAAAAAUUAAGAUUCCACACAUCUUGAGAAAAUUCAGAGCGUAAAUAGUAGUAAUGGCAAGAGGCCAGUUGUGACACCAACAGAAGAGUUGUGAUGCUUUUGCUUCUAUUUAUUUUUUUUAAAUAUUAAAAAGAAGAAAUGUUCUUUUAAAACCCCAAUUUUUGGGGAAAAAAAGGUUUGAAACUGCAAUUCAAAUCUUGGUCAAUCACAAAAUUGAAUUGAGAUUUUUUUGUUCUUACCUGCUUUGUAUGCCUUAUUUUCUUGUGUGUGUGUGACAGUGAUGGCCUGAUGUGAAUUGUGAAUGUUAUAAUUAUGUACAUCAUGAACGCAAUGUUGGUAAAUAUUGAUCCAUAUUGAACUUGGUGAGUUGUACAGAAGAAACAAAAAGGCUCACGUUUACACCCCUCCCCCACCCACCACCACAUCCCCUUCAGCAAGGGCAAAAAAUCAUAAAUAAAACAAAGUUUGUGCUUAUUGA